AUGGUGACAAAGAAAAAAUUUGACAUCGAUGCCAUCGACUUUGAUUUGACAAUGGUUGAAGAGAAAUCGGACAUAAUUAGACUCACAGUAGCAAGUGCUUCGAGUCUAGAGCACUGUGACUCAAACCACUUGUUGCCAUUGCUCCGGCGUGCCACACAAGUAACCAAAAGGUUUUCGAUAUUUUUCUGGAAAGCAAGGUGUGCUUCAUUGAUGCUGAUGGGUCAGUGUCAGUGGUCGACCAUCGUGGAACGUCUGCGUACACUUGUGCCAGGACAAGAAGGGAAGUGUGCGUGUCGCCAAACUACUGAUGCAGUACGCACAAAGGUUGGUUUGCCCAAUGCCACUAAAGAAUUGGCAACAACAGCGGGCUCCCGCGCCGACGUCCACCUGCUUCCGGCGGUGGACCACGCCUGGACACCGUCCCUUUCGUCACAGUCGAGAACGAAAAUGAAGAAAUGGCCCAAUCCUUGUUGGCAGUCGGCGCCUGCACGAAUCUACUUGAAAAUCAUGCAAAAGCAGCACUGUACGUUACUUGCUAGGGGGGAUCAGCCAGUGGUGAGGCAGUUGCUCUUGCCGAAGAAUAGCCCUGCCGAUCCGAACGCCCCAGGGCCGGGCCUAUGCAAGCCGCUGAUGGGCGAAUUGCAAAACAGGCCCAGCAUUGCGGUCAAGGUGCCUCUGACCCGAAUGCUGUAG